AUGAUGAAAAGAUUACACCCCUUGAGAAUUCAAGUUCAUCUGAAAUCUGAUUACCCACUGUUUACUUUCGAGCAAUUACUCUCUACAAAUGGGAUAAGAAGAGGCCAAACUGCGAGAAUUUCUUUGAAAGAUUACAUAGAGUGGCAAAAUUUCCCAAACAUAAUGAAAAGAGAAAAUUUUUUUACGCAAAGGAAGCCUGUAACUACAACCGCAAAAGAAGAACCCUUUUCAUUUGAUAACAUUCUUGACUGUGAGCCACAAUUUAGCAAAUGCCUUGCCAAAUGGCUACUGGUUAAUUACAAAUUAAAUGACUAUCCUUAUUACGAUCUUAACAUUGUGAAUAUUUACACGGAUUUACCCCAAGCAAUUCAGAUUUGCAAAAAUUUAAUGUCAUAUCUCAAGUCUACUUUAUCUGAUAACAUGUUCCAGAAAAUAAAAUAUUUCAUGGUACCUCUAUACAAGUGUGACAAAAUACCUUCGAAGCUCUUAGACGGAAUACCUGGAUCAGUCAGUUUGGUACAAGAUUAUCCGGUUUCCCCAUAUUUUUUACAGAAAAAAUUUCACAUAGAGGAUCCAAUCCAAAUUUUGAUGCUUAAUGAUGUUAUAAAAUACACAACCCACGAUUUAGUAAGGUACUCUUCAGAUGACAAAGGGUGGCAACAGUGCUUUGUGGAUAUCAAUAAGAAUGGACAAAAAUCCAAGAGCUUUGAUAGCGCCAUUGACUACUCAUGUGAACUUGCAUUAGAACAAAUGUUCAAUGAUCGAUCCCAUGUAAGUCCUGGUAAAGAACUUUAUAUCCCCACUAAAUUAAUUGAGAUAUUGAUGACAAUCAAGAAUAAUAUUCCAGAACAUAGACUUUUCAUUGUAGACACCCCGCAAAGAUCGAGCCCAACAAUAAUAUCGUUAUUAAAGAGUUUAAUAAGCCCACGGCCGACGGGAUCUAGCCAGAUAGUACAGCCAUAUUCGGAUUCAAUAUUUUCAGACAAACGGAGUGGAAGAAUAUGCUUCAUGACGGACUUCUUACAGUUACAGAACAUUUAUAAUGGUAUUAACAGUUCUUCUAGUAGCUGCGAAGUCGAAGACGUUGCUGAUUUUGUUGAAAAAUGGAUUAGCCCAAGUGAGAGAAGCACACUUUCGUCGCAGAAUGGAAAUAGGCCUCAACUAGAAGACAUAAAAAAUAGCUCUUUGGCGGUGCUACACUCCACGUGA